AAAGCCCGGUGCAUGUUUAUCCUUCACAAAGCACCUCCUGUGGGCUUCUGGAGAAAUGCAGGCUGAGUGCAGGCUUUCACUCAGGUUUUCUGCUUGGCUGGAGCCUCAAAACUCUUCUUUCACUGAUGAGGGAGCAAAGGCAGCAGCCCCAGCACAUCGCUGCUGUCACACGGAUGUGAUCAGCCCUGGGGCCCCAGCACGAGGGGCAGCUCCUUCCUGCAUGCCUGGCUGGGCACACGGAGGUCGGUGCUGGGCUGUACCUGCCUCCUGUUGUGAUGUGCUGCUGGAAGUCACGGACGGGCUCCUCCCAGCACAGUGCUGAGGCAGCUGGAGCAUGUUAAUAUUUCACACCUGUGGGGAGCCUGUGUGCAUCCUUUCAGAGCUGCUCAUAGCUGCAAUCUCUUAAGGGAGCAAAGGAAAAGCUCCAGAUGUGAACAUGAGGACAGGCGGGUGUGAUGCCGGCCUGAGCACCGGGUCUGGCUGCGGAGCGGCCUUAGGAUGUGAAGGUACGUGGGCUUCCCCCGGGAAUAUCCCGCACUUCAUUUUCUCUCUUUGUAGAUGGUGCUGCUGUGGAGCACGGAGCUGUUCCCCUCUCCUGAGGAUUGGCAGGAUCUGGAGGGCUCUGUCUACAGGCUGCUGGUGGUCCUCCUGCGCUGCCUGGCCACGCAGCGCCUGCCCCACUUCCUGCACCCGGAGCAGAACCUUUUCCAGGGGGAUCCACACCGCCUGGCCUCGCUCUACCCCAAGGUGGAGGCCUUUGCAUGGGACCCUGCACGCUUCCUCCGCUUCCACUUUGGCCUCCCAACGCGUGCCGAUGGCGUGCAGGCAGACCCAGCCCUCCGAGCCCUCCUGCAACUCCCUGCCAAGGAUGGGGCAUACUGGGACACGGCCUAUUUUGACGUCCUACUCAGCCAGCUGCAGGUGUACCAGAUCCAGGAUGCCACGCGCCGCUCAGCCAUGUCCCGGCUCCUCACCGAGCUCCGCAGAGACAUCCCACUGCAGAGCUGAGUGGGACUCACUGCCACCCCUUUGCUCGCUGUGGGGCGUGGGGAACCCAGGCUGUGGGGAACCCCAGGCUUUGUUGGAAAGGGAAGAAACCUUUCUGCUCCAAAGAUUGGCAGGAACUAGUCCAGCUCUGCCUCUCUCCCUGUGCUGAGACUUUGCAGAGCUUCCUGCAGCUGCACCUUUCCUCUUGGAUCUCGGCGAGUCCAGGCAAGCUGCAGGGCAGGGGAGCAGCAUGGAGCUGUGUGGCUUUAUUCAGGAAAGGUGGCACUGGGGAGCAGCACACGUCUGCAGCAGAUGGGUGGUGGUGCCGGUGAUGGAAAGGAUGGGAGGGGAGAAGGGCUGCAGCUGGAUCCUGUCCUCCUCCCCCCCACCGAACACAUUGGGCUGCUGCACCCCGCGCCAGGAGGGGUGGGGAGCAGGGUACUGGGAAAAGGAAGAAGGCUGUUGGCCACCUCUGUGCCGUGUCCUGUCGAUGUGCUGCUCCCUGUGGGCAUUUGCUCACAGCCUGCUGUGCUGGCAGUGCUGCAGGGCGUCUCGCAGGGCCCGCAGCAGGCGGUCCACGUUGUCCUGGGUCGCGUUGUAACCCAUGAGGCCGAUCCGCAGCACCUGGAGGAGAAGGGCAGGCUUC